AAUUAGUAACAGGCUAGAGACGUAUUACAGCAAUAAAGAGCGCACUUGAUAUUUGUAGCGGUGGCGAUAAGAGAUCAACAAAAUUUUAUUAGCUUGCAGAAACACACUUGGACAUGAUAAAGAUAAUGACAUUUUGUGGAACUGUAACUGUCAAUUGAUAUGCCAAUCUAAAUCGCUUAAACGAUUGUAUAUCACCAACAACAGCAGCAACAAAAAUAACAACAAGCAAAUCGAUUUUAGUAGGAAAUUCUCAAUUAAGUGUAUACUUGUGCAGUCUUAAGCACUCGACAGCUUUGGGCAGCAGCGCAGUCUAGACCAGAGACAUUUAAAAUCUUCAGCUAAAUGCGCGCGGUACAAAAACAGUUGGAGAACGAGACCAGACGACGCCACUUGUGGCUCUGGGCGCUGCUGUUGGUGCAGCUGCUGCUGGCGCGUGACUCUCAUGCAGAUUUGCCAGCUGAUGAGUGGCCAGAGUCCACGUCCACGCUUGACGAGUGUCACGAUGAGUACGCGCUGGCAAGUGCCAAUGCCUCAAGUAUCUAUAUGCAAAGCUUCAGCUCGUGUGAGCUGACGGCCAACGAAACGAAAUACGAUCUGAGCAUAGACGAGCAAAUGGAGCGCGAACAAAUCCAACUGGGCGCCAGCACAGUCUGCAACAAUAUGCAGCAAUGCGAUACGCUCGAUGAGGAUUUGGAGUACUUCAAGUGCAUGCAAGAUAAUGGCAAGCGCAAUCAGCAGCUGCUGAUGCAGAUCAAUUACAACGCCAGCAGCGCCGAGACUCGUCUGCGCGAGGACUACGAUGCAGUGCAGCAAACAUUUGUGCUAUGCACGCUCGAAGCGCAGCUUGUCUAUGUGAACGGCAUGCGUGAGAACUACGAGCAGUUGCUGCAAUGUCGCAGCUAGAAUUUACUCUUAAAUAAAUAAGCUUAGUUACUAGUCGAAGUCGAAGU